UCCUGGAGUUCCAUACUAAUUGGAAGAUUUUCUACUUUCAGUUUCUUGAGAAUUAUGAUAAUCAUUUUAUCAACAUGUUUCGGAAGUAAGAAUUCGGUGCUGGAAAAAACUUGUUACUCGGUUACUUUUCUUUCACUCAGCGACGCUUACUUCUAAAAAUUUACAAACAGGCAGCUUUUCAAGUUUUAGACUUUCACCUUGCGCUCAAGUUUCAAGCUCGAUAGAAACAAAAGCUUUCACUUUCAACCCUUCAGACCUCUUGUAAGACGGAAACAGUUAAAAACAGACCUUCC